AUGAAAUUCUACUCCACCAUCCUUGAUGCCCUCAACCACCAUGCCUCCGAGACACCUGACAAGCUUGUCUUUACUUGGGUCAACAUCAAGUGUGAGGAAGAAAACAAGAUGUCAUUCCAGCAGCUUGAGGAACAGUCCAAUGCUGUGGCUGCUCGUCUCCUCAAACUUGGAUGCAAGAAGGGUGACCGAGUCAUGGUGGCCUACCCUUUUGGCCUCGAGUUUUUGGCUGCCAUGUUUGGUGCCAUGAAGGUUGGAGUCAUCCCUUGCUCCAUCUAUCCACCCAAUCCGAACCAGCUCAAGUCUGAUAUGCCCAAAUUCCGCAGAUUUGCCGAGGAUGCUGGAGCCAAGUAUGCUCUCACUGCUGCUACUUUUGCCACUGCCAUGACUGCAGCUAGUGUCCUGUAUAAAACUGGAGUUAAAUGGAUUGGGACUGACAAGCUGACAAUCAAGAAACGCAAACCUAACAAGCCUAAAGAAUAUGAGAAGUCCAAGGGAGAACCAAAUGAAGUAUGCUUUAUCCAAUACACAUCAGGAAGUACUGGUCGUCCCAAAGGAGUCUUGAUCACUCACCACAGUCUAGUUGAGACCUGCAAGGCGGGCAUUUCAUUGACUGAUUUGAAUACAGAUUCUGUCGCAGCUCUUUGGGUCCCGCAAUAUCAUGACAUGGGACUUACAGGAUUUAUGUCCUGUCUCUACACUGGUAGUCAACUGGUUGUGGCAUCACCACUAGAUUUUAUUGCCAAACCGCUGCUGUGGACCGAUAUGGUGGAGACUUACAAAGCGACCCAUACUUCAGCACCCAACUUUGCCUAUGCCCUGCUCCUCAAACGGUUGGAGCAAGCUAACAGAAAAUCCCACUGGAGUUGCAUGAAGGCAGCAAUGUUUGGUGGUGAGCCAGCACAAAGCCAUGUUGUGGAAGCAGUGGUAAAGACUCUCUCAAUCAAGCCUGAGCAGGUCUACAAUAUCUAUGGCAUGGCUGAGAUGGUGGUCUUUGUCACAGGGGGGCCAGCCAAAACAGACUCUGAAGAAGGGCUUGUGUCUUGUGGCAUAGUAGAUUCCCCAAGUCUCAAGAUUCGAAUUGUUGAGGAUGCACAGGAGGUGGAGGAUGGGCAAGUUGGAAGCAUCUGGGCCCAAUCACCACGUGUUACUGCGGGUUAUUAUGGCCAGGCUGAGCUUACAAAGGCUACCUUUUCCAACUUCCUGUCAGGAUAUGAGGGCUUAUGGCUAGACACUGGCGAUUUGGGCAAAAUUGUUAAUGGGCAAGUGUAUGUCACUGGCAGAGUCAAGGAUAUCAUCAUCAUCAAUGGCAAGAACUACUAUCCAACUGAUGUAGAGCUAUCUAUUGAUGAGACUUUUGGUAAUGUUAUCCGACCAGGAAGGACCUCUGCUUUCCAGCUUGGAGAUGACAGCAUUGGUAUAACUGUCGAAGGCCGAAAAGGGUUUGACAAGUUAGCAAACAAAGAUUUGGCUGUUCAAAUAGCCAACCAUGUGUCCCAAGUCCACGGGCUUCUUGUUUCUGAUGCUGCUGUUCUGAAGUUGGGUGUAACACCAAAGACCACAUCUGGCAAGUUGAAGAGGAAUGAGAUCAGGCAGACCACAGUUGGUGGUGAUUGGAAGGCAUCUGAUGUGCUCCUCAGAUUUCAAGGACAGGCAAACAUGUCCCCAAUCCAGGGAAACGAAUCACCUUUUGAGAAGAGCUCUUUCCUUGAGCACAGCUUUGCAAUGAAUGGGGUUACAAGCAGUGAGUUCUACUUGACAGAAGAAACUAACAAUGCAAUAAGGAGAAGAUCAAUGACACUACCAUUUGGAUCUUUUGACAUUGGCAGUGUGCCCGAGAUGAUGAAAGAAUCCACAGGAAGUCUUGACUGUAACCUUGAAGUGCAGCCACAUAUUGCAGUUGUAGGUGGUGGGGUUGCUGGCCUUAUCACAGCACUCAGACUGGCUCAAAGAAAAAUCAAAGUUACUGUGUUCGAGCGAAAUGAGCGGAUUGGUGGCCAUGCCAGACACACAACAGUCCUUGGACAUGAACGAAAUCCUGCCUUUGGAAUGUUCCUUGGUAGUGCUUGGCCAAACCUCAUGGCACUGACAAAGGAACUUGGUGUUGAUCUGGUUCCUUUGGCAACAGCUCGUGAGUUUCGAGACGUUGUAGGGAUGGGGACAGCCAAUAUCCCAGAGGCUGACCCAGCUGAAGUUUCUCGGUUCCUUGCCAAAAUGCACAUUGUCUACAAGUCAGGCAUUGGCCAGGAGGAAAGUAUUGGGCAAUACAUGGCCAGAAAUGGAUUUGACCAUCACUUUGUUGUGUCCUAUUUCCUUGGAAGAAUGAUUACUUUCUUUCCUGGCAAUACAAUUCAACAGUUCCUUGACUAUCCACUCGACCUGGUUGCUUGGUAUGUUAUAGCCAUUGGCAUGUCAACUUUAGAUGAAAUGGUCUUCCGUCUGCGCAACAAGGAAUACAUGGCUGCAUUUGAGCAGAGACUUCUGAGCCUAGGUGUGGACUUCAAAUUUGGCUGUUCCCCAAGCAUCAUUUGCCGAGAUAAAGGAGUCUCCAUCUCAACUGGCACGGGAGUUAAUGAUAUUCUGCAGUUUGAUAAACUUGUGCUGGCAGUGCCUCCCGUGGCUGCACUGCAGGUUCUUGCAUCAUUUGCAAGUGACACCGACAACAAGACCCCUGUCUAUGCAACUCAUGCCUAUGCUACCUUCAAUGAGUUGGAAUUUGCGACCCCUACUGAAACGAUGUCAUUCACACACACAAGAGUCACAUGCAAAGCUAUCCGACUUCGAAAGUCCUUGCUGCAGCAUCAAGGAACGCAUUCUACCUACUUUGCUGGUGGUUGGACGCGGGGUCUCAUGCUCCAUGAAGAUGCUGUUGUAAGUGGAAUUCUGGCAGCAAAUUCCAUCCUACAUGAGUUAGCGGAAGGGCCGCACCCAAUAUUAGAAAGGACCAUAGCAUCUUCAGAUGAAAAGACAAAUGGAGCUUUCAAUGCAGAAACUGACAUUGACCUCAGCCAAACAAAUACCCUCCCCAGCAAGGCUGUCGAAGCUGUUCAUGCUGUAGAGUGCAACCCCAGCAAGUUGGAUGAGUACUUCUUGGAGCUUCAUCUUUCUGGGGUUUAUGGCAUUGAUAAAGCUUGGUCCAAAGCCAUCAAGACAACAGCUUCAAUGCAAGCCAUGUGCUCCCAAAUCAUGAAGCAUCUUGAGGACAAGCACCCAACCAUCUGCCAGCUUGCUAACGGUCUUGUUGCAAAUCCAGAAUGGAUCUUGAUUGAUGAUUUGACAGAUUUCCUUGUGCAGAUAGUGCACCAAAUCUUUGUCCUUCAAUGGGUGACAACCUACAUGAUGGAUAACCCUGAGUGCAUGCUUCAAAAGCUGCAGAAUGACACUGAGUGGGAAAGCAUGAGCCAGAGUAUUCUAACAGUUCCAGCGGAGCUACAAGAGGUGCUUGACCUACCGGAGAAAGACUCAAUGUAUGGAAAUUUGCCAUUCUUCACGUGGAUAAAAAACCGGUCAGUUCGCACCCUUUUGAAUAUGAUGAUCCAAAAGAGUUUGAACCCAGCUACCCACAUGCAACUUGAAAGAAUCAACAACCUGUUUAACAUAAAUGUGCUGGAGGCUGUUUGGCUUGAACAGAGUAAUGGGCUCAACGACAAUUCUGAGGUUGGGAGGAUUCUUGCAACUUAUCCCAUUUUGACAGCUACAACCAGAUCCAAGAUGGUUCUCUUUGAACAAUCUACUUCUGCCUGGAAUGAUCAUUACAUUGCUUGGAACAUGCAUUUAGUAUCAUGGAUUGGUGACCCUGACUCAUCUACUUGGUUGGUCUCCAAGUUGCUACUUCCAAGCCUUGUUGGAGAUGCCGAUGCAGCGUUUUUGUAUUCCCGGUUCACUAGUUUGUACUUGGUUUCUCAUAGCAUGGGAAGGAGAAUGAGCUCUUCAAAGCAUUACACCAAGUCUAUCUUGUCAAGAAGUGCACUUCAAGUUUUUGGAAAGUUGAACCUCUCUUGGGCUCGAAGGCUUGGACACACCCCGCUUUCAACGAGGUUCAAAGUUGAAACUGCACCCAAUGAAUCAUACUGGCUUUCAAAGUUUGACCAGUGGGGAAAGAUGAACAAUGCAAAAGUUGAUGCAGACACUCUAGACACCAAUGAUCCUUUCUCAGCGGGAGAAGCUACAGAUCCGGCUUGCUUGUCCACCAGAUACACCAAUACAAUCAUAUCUGUCUUUGGUUCAGAGGUUGACUCAUCCAAGACUUGGGUUGAGAAUGGGAUCACAUCGCUGAAGAGUGCUGAGAUUAGGAACAAGGUCGAGGAACAGAUGCAUGUGGUGCUCCCGCCAAAUUUUGCACAACUUUUUGCAACUCCUAAGGACCUUGAAGCGUUUCUGGUCACAUCAGAAGGCCGACACUUUCCUACUAAAGCAGCUGAUGAACAUUUUGACUUUCAUUGGAACAGUCCCAGGUCGCAAUGCAGCAAAAUUGAGAUGGCAAUUGUUCAAGUUCUGGGUUUCCUGGGCAUCACACUAGUGAUGUUGAUUGCCAUUCUCCCGUGCUAUCUUGUUUCAGCAAGACUGGCAAUCAUGUGCAGUAUCUCUGAAGACCAAGAGUGCUUGAAGACCAGAUUUUUGUGGUUUCCACUCCUAAUCCCCCUAUUUGCCUUUUCUUUCUCAAUCAUGGUGGUUGUUUGCAAAGUUCUUGUUGUUGGCAAAUACCGUCCAGAGGAAAUCAAUUUGAUGUCCUGGGACUACCUAAGGUGGUGGUUUGUUGAUCGAUUGAUGCAUAUCUGGGAACUUUUUGUUGGUAGAUUCUUGCUGGAAACAAAGUUUGCCUGGCUCUUCUUCUGGCUGCUUGGUGCUCACCUUGCAUGGUCCGCAAGGAUUGGUGCAUUCAUUCGAGAGUGUGAUCUUGUCAGUGUUGGGGCCAAUUCAUCAGUUGGCCAUACUAUACGAUGCAGAAAGUUCAGGCCCUGGACUGAGGGCAGUCCCAGAAUGGUUUUUCGCCCAGUCAUUGUUGGGCCAAACUGCAAGGUGUCUGGGAUGUUAAGCCCUGGGGCUGUUAUUGGAGCUGGGUCCAUAGUCGAGAAAUUGACUGUGGUGGAGGAAGGAGCUCAAGUUCCAGAUGGUGUCAUUGCCAGAGGAAUUCCAGCACACAAAGCCGGUUCAUGCAACCGUCCGGAGUCAAACUGGUGGAAUGAAACCCUUCUUGAUGCUUUCAAAGUUUUCUGGAUGUUUUCAGAAGCCUACCAUUACUAUGCCCUAUACUUCCUUGCCCAUGCAAUCCUCAAAGAAAUCUUGCCAGCCUGGCGAUAUGCUGGUAUCCUGCUAUGGUUCCUGCUCUUUCCUCUGGCUUCGUUGUUUGCUAUGGUGACUAGUGUCGUCUUGAAAUGGCUCUUGAUUGGUAAGAGAGAUCCAUCAGAGGCCUAUCAAGGUACAUUGUGGAGACGGGCAACCAACUGGGCCUGUGACUACCACUAUCAAAUUGCUUCCUGGAUGCUAGUCAAGUUUUUUGGGGGUUCCCGACUCGAUUCAUUGAUUCUAUGGUUCCAUGGCCUGGAUGUUGAUGCUUUGUCCUUUUUGCGCACUGCAUCACAGAUUUGCCCGCCCUCAAAGGUGGACUUUGUGAGGAUACGGCAGUCCUCGCUCCGAAGUACUCAGAUCGAACUGGACACUCCCACAGGAGAGAGAAUUGAGGUAUGGAAAAGCUCUCUUGGCAAAGACACCAUCAUUCAUGCUGGUGCUAAGGUGGUUAGAUCCAACAUACCUUCAAGAACUCGAGUCUCAGACAAGAUCUAUGAUUUGAACUCAACAGAUACAGAAUUGAAAUUGACAUGGGAUUUGGUUCUCCCUGAAACUCUCCAGCUGGUUCUUCUUGUCGUCAUAUUCUGGAGCAUUGCUCCAGCAUAUGAGUUUGCUGCAGCCUUUGUGGGGGGCGACUGUUUAACAAGUGUUGUCAUCUUGGUUGUUGGCAUGGCUAUUGUCUUUCAGUUCUUUGUAUGGAUCCUCUUCGCCAAGAUACUUGAGUGGGCUUUCUUGAAUUUGGUGCCCCCCUCCUUCCAGAAAGGCCUCUUCCCAGCCUAUGUAUCUUACAUGGUUAGUUUCCGAGAGGGUAACCCAAUGGAGUUCCUUCUGAUGGGAACCCCCUUGUUCAAAUAUUAUGCUCAAUGCAUGGGGGCUGAAGUCAAUGGUGAUCUAUGGUUCUUUGAUUGCACUAUUGAUGAAUUUUCCAACUGCCACUUUCAGGGCAACACAAUAGUGGACAAUUCUUGUCCCCGUGGCCACUAUUAUGACUUCAAUGGACUCACAUUAGAUCAUAUCUACAUCAAUGGGGUUGUCCAUCCAGGAUGCUACAUUGCGGCUGGAGCUGUUGUGAAUGAAGAAGAAAAUGGCCCAUGGAAAUCAUUCUUUCGCACUGAUUUUGAACGUCAUAUUGCCGGACACUCCAAAGAAGUUAUGGAAGAAACCGACAAAACUUGCUGA